AUAAAACAUUCUUAAGGUAAUCUUCUUUAUCUUUGCUUUUAUUGUGAAUAACAUCAUUCCUCUUUUUCCAGAUGGUAUAGCAUACUGCCGCCCACCCUGCAUUAGUCAUUAGUUUCCUAUUCUUUGUCUUAAUGUUCCCCAGUUCUGUCUCCAUGUGCUCAAGGGAAGUAGCUUUGCAUUUUAUCCCCAUAUUCAUGAAGAUUUCCUCUAUAAUCUCUUUUGCAAUAGUGCACUCCCAAAACAAAUGCUCGAAUGUCUCUUCUUUAUUCCCACAAUCUGCUUGGACUUCCAGAUAUCUCCUUAGUCUGCUUCUAAUCUUCAGUCUUUUAUGUUUGAUGAGCCAAAGAAUCAUUUGAUGUUUCGGGUGUGUAGCUUUGCUCCAAACCCACUUGUACCACUCAUUUCUCGGUGUAUCCUUCAGCAGCCAAUCAUAUCCCUUGCUGACGGUAUACUCUCCAGGAAUAUUAUAGUGCUUAAAGUCUUCUUUCACCUCAUUCAUCAUUCUCCAAUAAUAAGGGCAAUCCUUUUUUGGUGUGUAGGUCCAUAAAGAACAAUUUUUCUUACUGACAUGAACUUCAACAGGAUGACCACCAUCAUUGAGGAUGGCGACGAUGAUGUCCAAGUCCUCCACUCCAACCGGUCUCCUCUCUCCAACUCUCCUUCUCCUCCUAACUUCCCUGGAAUGGAUGGGGCCACAAGUGCCCGGUGUAGCCCUAUCCAUGAACAGAGCCAAAAACCGAACUCUCCUCCAGCCACCCAUCUCUUUGAAAGUGACCGGGUUCCUCAUCCCAAGAAGGAUGUCAAAGCCAAAGGGAAGGGGACCGGUCAUUCUUCUUCUCAGAAAAGGAAGAGUUCCCACAAGACUUCCAGGGGGGAAAGGGGGAAGAAGGUCAAGCUAUCAGAUCUAGAAGGGGAGUCCAUUGAAUUGACCUUUUUAUCCCUGGCCCAGAAACUCAGCAAGGUAUCCGAAGAAGCUGAUUUUCCUCCCGGUUUAAUUAUUUCCUUCGCUUUUACUGACAAGCUUGUUUUCCAGGUUGGAGUUCUAUCCGAAGAAGUUGGCCGGUCACUCCUGGAGUCCAAGGACCAGGUCUCCGAACUUACCCUCCUUAUUGAUUCUGCCAAGUUGGAGAUCAAUGACCAGGCCGAGAGGGAGAAGAGACUUGAAGAGGAGCUGAAGGAAGAGAGGGCCAGGCUAGACGAGGAAAGAGCCAACCUGGUGGAGGCGAAGAGGAAGUUGUUAGAGCUGGAGGAUGCCUUGGCCCAAGCCGAAGAGACUGCCCGGUCAAAGGAGCAAUCCUUUCCUGACGAUGCUGCACGAUGGGCGGCCGGGCAUCAUGCCGAGACUGCCCGGUCCAUUCUAGUUGGGCCAGAGGAGACAAUGGCCUUCUUCAAGACCAUGUACAAGAAGCCGGAGGGAAAAAAGAUGAUAACAGAUAUCGGUUCAUAUGGUUUCCAAUGUGGUCAGAAGGAUGAGAGGUCACUCCUCUACUCCAGGCUUCAGAAGAGGGACCAUUCCUUUGACCCGACCAAAGUGAAGCUCCCGGCCUUGUAUACGGAAGAUCCAGCUCCCCCCUUUCCCCUAGAGUAGGUUAGGGUUUGAUUUGAGAAAACUUUGAAUUUUACCAAGGCCUGGGGGAUGUCCGGCCUACUCCUGACUUGCGUAAUAUUAUCUUUUG